AUGGAAGAGGACUCCGCAGGUCUAAGCACUUCACAACAGGCCAACGGCAAUGAUCCACCACGGGAUGGAUUCACAACUGUGCUUGAACACGCUCUUUGGGAAGCGGAAAGAUAUCCGGAAUGCAGUGAUUUGCUUAUCGGCCGCAUGUUUGGUGUGCCUUCCGAGCAACUUCGUCCGUGCAAAGUAUGUUGUGGAAUCAGCGGUAAAACUGGAUCGCCAUCAUACAAUCCUCGGAACUAUACACUCCAAGAAAUUAUGACUAUGACUGAAACAUGCCCAGCACACGCAUUUGAUGAAGAAAUGGAAAAAAUAGAUGCUGCUUAUACUCGUUUUGAAACCAAACUUGCAAAACAAGCGAGAGCUGAGCAUGCUCGAUUGGCAAAGGAAUUAAAAAAGGCAGAGCUUGAGGAAAAGAAGAAAUUGAGAGAAAAUACGAAGACAAAUUCAAAAACCAACAAUAAAGGGAAGAAAGGCAAAAAAGGCAAGAAAGUUGCAACAACUAUCUCGGACGAAGAAGAACCGAUUGACGAUGAAAUCGAGGAAGAUGACGCGAAUGACUCCGAAUACGAGCCAUGUUCACAACCGAAAAAAGCAAAAACUGUCGUGAUAGAGGAGGACAUCGAUUACUUCAUGUAUGAGAUCGAGCCGAAGCCAAAGCAAAAGAAGGUUACUCGUUGGACUUGCCCGGGAUGCGAAAAGUCUUCAAAAUAUGGCAGUACAGGAUGUUGUUGGUGCGAUGAGUGGUGGCAUUUUAAAUGUGCUGGAUUCAAGAAAGCCAAAGAUGUACCACAGGGAUGGACAUGCAAAUUAUGCGAUAUUCCAUGA